AUGGUUGGACAAUUCGUGAGGAAUAACCCGGGGACUUUGGGGGAGCUGCAGCAGAACCGUCAGGAGACUGCUCCCCGGUCUCCUACAAAGUCUCGAGAUGAACCAUUGAACGGUGGACCAUCACCAACUAAGUCAGCGUUGGGGAAGCUUCAAUUUCGGUCCAAUGCCGACAAGGAAGCGAUGCGGAAGGCCAAGUCUCGAGAUCCAUCGCCACAAAAACCGAAGAAGACAAAGUCGGGGACCAAUCUGGCGGGACUACUUUCGCGGCCGAAAUCACUAAAGAAUUUGUACAAGCUGGCCACGGAGCAAGAAAAUCAAGCCAAGGACAAGGAAAACAUGAUACCAGAUGGGAUACCGAACAAUGAGCGACCACCGCCAAUUUUUGCCCAGUUUACUUCCGACCGCGCCUUGAGCAACGCUGAAAAUAGCCCAAUUCGAGCAGCAAAGGAACGACCAAAGUCAUUCCAAGCUCCACAACCACAUGAUCUUAAACAGUCAUCGUCGCCAUCCAAGACGACUGGAGGUCGUGUUACUCGGCCCGUAUCUAUGCAUCCAGAUCAAACUCCCCGAGGAAAAGGUCCCUUUGGUCAUGCCCGCUCCAAAUCCACAAUGCCAGCGCCAACCAAUGCCUUGCCGGAGCUGCAAAUUGACCCGAAAGAUAUCGAUCAGCAGCUGGAAGCUUUGCUGGAUCGUCGAAAUAUUCCGGAAAACCAGCGAUACAAGAUGCGCAACCUAGCCAACACCAUCAAACUCGAAUUCAUUCGGCAAGACUAUGCCGAGAUGCAGGCUGCUAAAGCUGACAGACCCGGGACAACCGGUACCACAGGCAGCACGACCAGCACCGAAGAGGCUAUUGCCAGUGACCCCAAUAGUCCUGACGAGGAUGAGGAACGCCCAAAGCGCAGCAGGGGAAAGAGCUUUACAUUUUCCAGAAGCAAGAAGGAUACUAGUUCGCCAACCAAGAAGUCCAAGGGAGAAGGAACUCUUGGCCGGCACUUCAGAAGCCGAUCAACCGACAGCAUUGCCUCCGAGACUCGUCCUUCUUCUUCGUCUUCCUCGGUGGGCUCUAGUUUUUUCUCUAAAAUCAAGGCUCAGUUAGGUCCCUCGGAUUAUGUUGCGUAUCUCAGAAAAGUUCAGCAGCCUGAGCUUGUGGAGGUUGGGAAAUUGCACAAACUGCGGCUUUUGUUGCGGAAUGAAACUGUUGCGUGGAUUGAAGACUUUAUUCAACAAGGUGGCAUGCAUGAGAUUGUUGGGUUGCUGAACCGCAUCAUGGAAGUAGAGUGGAGAGAGGAGCAUGAAGAUGCUUUGUUGCAUGAAAACUUGCUCUGCUUGAAGGGCCUCACCACCACUGCAAAGGCCAUGGAGUAUCUCAACACUGUCCAGGCAGAUCUCUUUCCUAAGCUGCUACAUAUGCUCUUCGACCCUGAACGCAAAGGCCCAAGCGAAUUCACGACUCGAAACAUCAUUACAUCAGUGCUUCUUACAUACAUAGAAUCUGCACCACCGGUGGAACGAAUAAUCAGAGCUAAGAACGUCCUCGGUCACCUAAGAGACAAGGAACCCGAGGAGGGCGAACGCCCACUACCAUUCGUCUUGGAGAUGAGACAGGACCGACCCUACCGGAUGUGGUGCAGAGAAGUUGUGUCUGUGACUAAGGAGGUCUUUUGGAUCUUCUUGCAUAACCUGAAUGUCGUCGCACUGGCUAGCGACAAGGGAGCACGGUAUACUGCUCAAGACGGCUACUUUGUUAGCAACGACGACCGAGACGGUUUGUUUGGAUAUAUGCUGCGCAAUUUUCCUCAGGAACGCCCACCGGUCCCUGCAGCCCCUUAUGUCGGCGGUGUUGAGUGGGAUGCCACCAACUAUUUGGCUUCACACCUGGACCUCAUGAACGCAAUCAUUGCUUGCACUCCUACUUCUCACGACCGCAAUGCGUUACGAGCCGAGUUUCGUAUCUCGGGAUGGGAGAGGUGCCUCGGAGGCAGUCUUCGUAUUUGCAAAGAGAAGUUCUACGGUAGUGUACACGUAGCCCUACGAACUUGGGUUGCUGCCGCAGCCGAGGACGGCUGGGAUGUCAAGGAUGUCCGGUUCGGCCCUCCUCCGGAAUCGAGAUCGCCCAAGAAGACUGGUGGUGGCCAGAAACCUAAAGUCGAAGCACCACCCAAGUUGGAUAUGCCGAAGCUCGAUUUCGGAGACAAGCAGCCAACUAAUGAUGCAUGGCUGUAG